AGUAAUCUUGCAAUAUUUAUGUUAGCUGGUCAUGACACUACUGCAACGGCUUUGACAUCCAUCUUAUAUGUCUUAGCAACCCGCAAGGAUGUGCAAUGCAAAGUCCAUGAUGAAAUAUUACGCGUUCUUGGCGAUAAUUUAUCCCCGACCAUAGAGCAACAAAGAGAAUUAAAAUAUUUGAACAUGGUUAUAAAUGAAAACCUAAGAUUAUAUCCUCCAGUUCAACAAUUGCCACAGAGAACAAAUACGGAGAUUAUUAAAUUUCGAAAUCAUACAAUUUUGCCAAAAACACCCAUAUUUGUAAAUAUUUAUGGAAUUCAUCAUUCAUCAAAAUAUUGGAAGAAUCCUGAAGAGUUUAUUCCUGAAAGAUUUGAAAAUGAACGUGAUGAAAAACGCGAUCAACAUACUUGGUUAACUUUUGGUGGUGGUUCAAGAAC